AUGCAGGGAAAGUCCAUUCUGCGUGAACUUAUGGCAGAGAAUGGAGACUGGGAUGCACCAUUGCCCUCAGAAAUGGAAGAGUCCUGGACCCUGUGGAAAGACUCACUUAAAGAACUGUCCAACUUGACCAUUCCCAGAGCAUACACAGAAAUUUCUCCCUCAACAACUACAAAAAAAGAGUUGUUGGUAUUUUCGGACGCAUCUACUAAGGCUAUAGCUGCAGUGGCCUAUUUAAGAGUAACAGAUGCAGCUAGGAACUGUGAAGUAGGCUUUGUUUUAGGUAAGGCAAAGUUAGCACCACGCCCAGAUCAGACCAUACCAAGAUUAGAGCUUAGUGCUGCUGUGUUAGCAGUCGAGCUUGCAGAUCUUCUCACUGACGAAUUAGGCUUUGAAAUAGACUACACUGCAUUCUAUACAGACAGUAAAGUAGUUCUAGGUUAUAUCCACAACGAGACAAGAAGAUUUUAUGUCUACGUGGCUAACCGUGUUACGAGAAUCCGCAAAUCUUCUCAACCAAGCCAAUGGCAUUACGUACCGAGCAGCCAGAACCCAGCAGAUCACGCCACACGUUCUGUUCCUGCUUACCAGCUACCCCUUAGUAACUGGCUCACUGGCCCCGACUUCAUGCUCCAAGAUCAAAGUCCCUCAAAUGACUCUUUUGAACUUGUUGAACCUUGCACAGACUCUGAUGUCAGACCACAGGUGUCUACACUCAAAACCACAAUCUCAACCAAACAACUUGGCUCUGACAGAUUCAACAAGUUUUCGACAUGGAAGUCUCUCAAGCGUGCUGUUUCGAGACUACUACACGUCAUACAUAACUUCAAAUCACUGCCAAGCAAAAUCAAUCACUGCCGUGGUUGGCACUACUGUGAGACAGGACUCACUGUAGACGAGUCAAACCAAACCCAAAAGGUAACCCCUCUUAAGGCUCCAGUUGGCAACUUUACAGCGUCAGACCUCUACAAACAUCAGUGGCGCCAAGUCCAGCACCUGUCAAACACCUUCUGGGACAGGUGGAAGAAGGAGUUCCUUCCCACUCUCCAACCACGUCGCAAGUGGCAUUCCAGUCAACUUAACGUGAGCGUAGUUUCACCCUUUUGAAUGUCAUUAAACCUGCUGACAACGCUCA